AUGUCGCCGCCCGAGUUUCGACCGGCACUAGAAUUAUGCGGCGACUUUUUCCGCCAAGUCGUCAAGCCUAUCUUGGACAAUGAGCUGCCUGCGCUAAAGUAUGGCGCUGCGCUGAUCGGCCCUGGCAGCGAGGUGUAUGGGUUUGACACCGAAAUGUCCAUGGAUCACGACUGGGGCCUUCGCGUAUUCUUAUUUCUUACAGAUGAGGAUGCUUCGCAGGGUGAUGCCAUUACAGAGCUACUUGGUAACAAGCUACCAACCACAUGGGAGGGCUUCCCUGGGGCCAUUGAGACGCUCACAACGACCUCGACCGUCCGCCAGAUGGAAGACGACAAGGCCACAAGGCCGUUGAAGCAUCAUGUCACGCCGAUAACACUUGGCAAAUUCUGUCUAGCGCAGCUUGCGUACGAUUUUACCGCGAGACCUCCGACAGCAGCCGAGUGGCUCUCGAUACCGUCGCAUGCGCUGCGGGAAAUGGUCUGCGGCGCAGUGUAUCACGAUGCGACGGGUCAGAUUGCACUGCUGAGGCGUACUUUGGCAUGGUAUCCGCGCGAUGUAUACCUGUACAUGCUGGCAGCUGGGUGUCAGCGAAUAGGACAGGAGUCGCAUCUGAUGCCCCGCGCGGGGUACGCGGGAAGCGAGCUGGGCUCGGCCAUCAUCGCGUCGAGACUGGUCCGCGAUAUCAUGAACUUGUGUUUUCUCCUCGAGAAGCAAUAUGCGCCGUAUGCCAAAUGGUUCGGUGCUGGGUUUAGUCGCCUUGAAUGUGGCAGCGAGCUCGAGCCGCUGUUGUUGACAGCGCAGACAGCUGCUACUUGGCAAGCUCGACAGGAUGCAUUGGUACAAUGCUAUGAUGUUGUAACGAAAAUAUUGGUGAAGGAACUCGGUCUAGAGGGCAAAGUACCAGCUACAUCUGUUCCCUUUCACGAUCGGCCGUGGCUCAUCAUGCCUUCCGAACAGCUGGUAGAGGCCAUCGUGCAGCUUAUACAAGACCCCGACGUUUUGAGAAUAGCAGAGCGCACAAUGGUAGGCUCUAUAAUCCAGUGGACCGACAAUACCGACAUGGAAAAUAUGGCAAAGGACGGCAUUUUACGCUUAUACGAGGCGUAG